GUUUGCGCCCAUUUUGACGUCGAGACGUCCUCUCGCGUUCAGUUUGCGACCGUCGCGUCAUGAAUAUUCAUUAGCGUUGGGCGGAAACAAUAUUUCGCGCGAAAUUUCAAUCGGGUUCGUUUUUGUUGUUUCGCGGGAAACGUACACGGUUUGGAUACAGUUCUGAUGCUGACUCGCUGGUGAAGAAGUUGUCAACUUAUUUUGACAUUUUUAUACUAUCAGAAGCCUCCAUUUUAUACCAUUAAACGUUAUAGGGUGGUUUUCAGAUUAAUAAUAGCAUAAUGUCAUGUUUGAACUCGAAAGAAUGUGUUACUGUUAGUAUGGACAAUGUCCAAGUCCAAGAUCGUCAUGACAUUUUCGACAAUCGCUUCAGUGCCAGCGCGAGGCCGAGAAAUCAACUUGGAGUGAGAGACCGAUACGAUUACGAAGGGAAUGAAAGGGGCACAACGUCCCGUACCCGCCCGGCUGGGUCGUCUGGCGGAGGAAGGCCAAGGUACAGAGCGGGUUCCAAUGAGAGGACAUCGUCGGGGAGGUCACAUCGUUAUCACAAUACCACAAAUAAAAAAAGGUCAACUGAGGAUUCUAGAAAUGAAAGACAUGAGAGGAAGGAAAAUAGAUGUGAUGUAAGAGAUGAUUCUAAGAGAAGUCGUCAUGCCAACCAUAAGAGAUCAGAAAGGAGAAGCUAUCACGAUGACAAGGAAAGGAAGGACUCGCAGCAAAAGAUAGAUCAGAAUGAACGGAGAUCUCACCGUUGGUCUUGUGACCGAGCCAGAGGAUGGAACAAAGAUAUUAACAAGAAAUCAUCUUUUACUGUAGAUGAACAGGAAUAUCCUUCACUAAGUAGUGAUGAUCAAAGUAACAACUGCACCCCUACAAGACUGCCACAUAAGUACCGUAGAGUUUCUGAAUCUAGUACGGACUGGGCCAUUCAGGUUGAGGAAUUUGAGGAAAAGGAAGCUCGUGCUAAGAGAGAUCUUCAUCAAUACAGGAGAAGAUUAGAGCUAUGGUCUGGGUCUGGAUCCUGUAGCAGUGAAGAUCAGGAAAACAAAACUUCAAAGAGUGAGCCAGAGUUGGAGACAGAUCGAGAUGUCCUCAUUCGUAGGCAGAAGCAGAUUGACUUUGGCAAGAACACAGCAGCUUAUGAUAACUACGUCACAAUGGUCAAGAGGAGGAACAGAAUGAAGGGUAAACAUCCCAUCACACCAAACAAAUUUCAGUUAACAAGUCGUCGUUCAUGGGACAAACAGAUCAAACUAUGGAGGAUUAAACUUCAUGAGUUUGACCCCCCUGAACUUAUGAGCAUCAAGACUGCAAAGGCCAAGCAAGCCAUGAUUUAUUACGAUAGUUCUUCUCAAGCUUCCUCAGAAUGUGAAGUGAAGAUGGAGAGUGAGUUGAUGAAUACAUCCAUGACAUCAAGUAUCAGUGAUUGUUAUCUGGCUAGCAAUGAAAGCAGUCAACGUUGUACACCAACCAUAGAGAUUGAAGCAAUGGAGACAAGGGCUAGUACAGCCGAUGGUGAAAGCUAUCAAGAACUUGAAGAUGAUGAAGACAACACCUUGACUGGUUUCCCAGAUAGUAUGUCUUCUACGAUGGUUAAGAUUCCUACACCGAAUGCCACUCCAGCAGAACCAGACUCCUAUCCCUCCUCACCACCUCUCAACACUAAUGAUUUAGUAGCAGCUUUGCAGAGGGUUGUAGUUACUCAGCAGUCAUACUUUCAUACCAACACCAAUCCUCUAUGUUUAUCAUCCACCAUGCCAAACAACAAUACCUUUCAGGUUAUCAGUAGCAACAACCUGACACAUCCUAAACCUUCCAUCUCUUAUCCUCCAAAGCAACCUCACAAGCCAAACAUAUUUGAUGAGUUUAAUCUGGAUGAAUGUUUCCUUAAAGAUGAAGAUCUUGUGCUAUAGAAUCCAUGUUACUCAUCUCUGAGGAUGAUGUGAUGCUAUGAAUAAAUUGCAUGUGAUAUUUAUCCAAGACUUGUGAUUGUUUCAUGAACUAAAAUGAAGACAGAUAAGUAACAAAAGAAGCAUGUCAACUUGCUCAUUCUAGAUUAGAACUUUGUGAGAUAGUAAGAGUAUAAGCAAUUACUUUUCAAACUUGAUUUGCCCCAGGAGAGAUUCUAGUCUAGUAAACUGGUGUAGUAAAAAAAAAGCGAUACACAACAUUUGCAGAGCUGCCAACCAGUACGUUUUUGGCGUAUUUAGUACGUUUUUGCAACCAAAAUACGACGGUACGUUUUUUCUUUAAAAAAUACGAUUUUUACAAAAUUGUAAGUUAUUGAGAAAAAUCAUCUCUAUAUGUCUCUAUUUCAUAAAACUUACACAAAUAUGGUUAUUGGAUCAAUGUAAUUUCAGGUAACUUGUUUUUAUUUCAAUCAUUUUGUUAAAACCAGGGUGAGAUAUAAACAUGUUUCAAUGUUGCUUUUUUUUUCAUCUGCAAGAGCAGUGAGCAUUUUAGCUUCCAUGCAGCUUGAGCGUUGCGAUAAGUGUGCGCGCCACGCAUUUUUAUUAUGAAAUACAGGUUUUUUAUCACAGAAUACAAUUUUUCAUUCCCAGAGGUUGGCAGGUCUGCAUUUGUGUAGAAGACCUGACUGCAGCAGCAUACAUGUACGUUUAGCAAACAUUGAAGUCAUCGAUCUCAUUCAUCUGGUGGAUUAUACAUUAGUAAGCAGUUAUUCUUUCAGCAUUUUUUUUUAUUGUAAAUAUCGUAAAAACAGAAAUAAAUGAGGAUGGAGUUAUUUUAUUAAAUAGAGAAUGAAAAAGAUUGUCAACAUUCUGCAAAGGUGUACAUUUGAAAUGAUUCCCAGCAACAGUACUACGUGUAGGUGAAAAGCCAUGCCCUCAUUCACAUAAGAAUCUGAAAAGCUGAUUGGUUCAAAGUAUCAUCAAUAAAUGAGAUCAAAGUAUGCCUUUCACAAACGUAAACAUUGUCUGCAAAUGUUACAUGAUUCAAUGCAGGGCUUGUGAAGAAUGUGUAUUGUGUUCAUUACACACACAAUGGUCUUAUUUCUGUAGUGCAUUCUUAUCAGUCUUUAAAUCAAGAGUCAUAUCUAUUUGAGAAACAUUUGCUUGUUGAUUAGUUGUCAUUUGAGCUUUCCAUAAUAUGUAUAAUUCUUCCUUAUAGAAGGCCAUAUUUGGAAUUUGCUAUGUAAGUGAUGCAUUCUAUAGUUUAUUGUUUUUUGUCUCCAAAUUCUUAUGAUCAGGACAUGCUACUUCAGGCAUUUCAUUACUGCAUCAAUCAAGUUACAUAUCUUUAAAACGGUUAUAUCUUUAAAGGAGAAUGAAACUCUUGGAGCAAGUUAGCUUUUGUGAAAGCAGAAAAAUCAAAGAAUAAGAUCAACAAAACUUUGAGUAAAAUAGGACUUGCAAUAAAAGAGUUAUGAGCAUUUGAAUGUCGAGAUCACUAAUGCUAUGGAGAUCCUCCCAUUGGCAAUGCGACCAAGAUCUGUGAUGUCACACACGUACAACUCUCCCAUUCGGACACUGAAAAUAUACCCCAAAACAUCUCUUUUCGCUCAUUCUAAUCAUAUGACAAACGAUUCAUCAAUGAUAUAAUGUUGUGAAACCUCUGUACUUGUCAUCUCAUAAAGAAAACACCUAACCUUGUGAUAGACUCUAUAAAAGUGAGAAUAUAAGUGAAAUAAGUACUAAAGUAAUGAGGGAGUUGUACGUGUGUGAUAUCACAGAUCUAGGUCGCAUUGCCGAUGGGAGGAUCUACAUGGCACUAGUGAUCUCAAUAUUCAAAUGCUCAUAACUUUCUUAUUAUUCAUUCAAUCUUCCUCAAACUUUCAACAAUAUGUUUCUUUGAUUUUUCUCUUUGAUAUGGAUUCAGCUAGUUUCAAGGGUUUCAUUUUCCUUUAAUAUUCAUGCUUUUUACAUGUAUAUUGAAGAUUGACAAGUUCCUUUGUACCUGCAGAUGAAAUUUGUGAUAUGUAUUGUACAUUAUUGAUAAGGAAUAACGUGUCACGACAUUUUUAAAAUUUUAUUAAGUUUACUGAAUUUUUCGUUCUACAUCAAAGAAUACCAUGGGUUGUAAACCAUGAAAAAAAUAGCUUGGAUAAUCAGAAGAAAUUAAUUUUUACUAUUUUCAUUUUGUAUUAUCUCGUCAGCUUUUAGUAAAAGAUUAAUUGAUGGUAUCCAUCAGCUGAGCAUUCAUGCUUGAUCAUUAACCCCUUGGAUGCUGUAUUAUCUAAUUCCCAUAGACUUUGAACAGGUGCCACUUGGUUCCUGUAGCGUAAGGGUUAAUUAGGAAAAUUCACUUAAGUGAGUAAUUAGAUUUCAGUUUUACAAAGUUGAGGGAUUUCUCAAUAUUUUUUAAGAGAAUGAGAUUUUGCAACUUUUUUUACUGCCAAUUUUUGUAUGAAGAAUGUGUCAAUUCUAUGCAAAAGUGUGUCGGAUGUGGAAGGGAAAAAAAAUGCAUUUUUAAAUCUUUCAGACCAUUACCAUUUGUAGAUGACUAAAAACAUUUCAGCUUUGACAUUUUUAAAUUCAUCAUCCAUUAUUUCAUUUUCUUUAAAAAAUGUGUUACAUUUGAUUUUUUUUCGAGAGGGACAUCAAAUGCAUUUUUUCAAUAAUGUACAAUUCAUUUUUUAAUAGGAAAAGUAUAUUUUUAUAUUGAUGUAAAAGGGAGCUUUUAGAAUUAUAACAUUCAUUUCAGCCAGCUAGGUUGCUUUUUAAUGAUUUUACCAAAAACAAAGAGACUUGAGGAACAAUAGUGUUCCAGUGCAAAUAUUGGCAUAAUUGUUUUUAUUGUCUUUUAACAAAGUGUUCAUUUAUUCUGAUGACAUAGCCUUUAUAGAAAACUGACCUGACUAAAGCACUGAAUUUUUUAAAAUAAAAUUAGCUAUGUCUUUGUCCAAUUUUUUUCUUUCUUUACCAAGAAGAAUGUUUUUCUCAGUAAUAGUCCUAAUGAUACUUCAAAGAGUGUUUAUAUUAGUACAUGUAUCUCUACAAUAUUGUGACUAGUAUUCCAGAAAAAGUUCUUAUCUAAAGUGGUUGAAACGUUCUGUUAGAAUCUGAACUCAGGCAGGUCUGGGAUUUCUAAUAUAUCUUUUCAUUUUUUUCCUCUAAAAGUGAUAAGUUGUAAUUUGCAUGAUGUAGAUCAAUUUUUGUAUUAUAAAUAAAUCAAACUCAAACUAGAAAUUACCCUAGCAUCAGUUGAACACUAAGAAUUCAAAAAUAUUUCCAAUUCAGCUUGUAUAUGACCGUAAAAUGUGAGCAUGUAUAUGAUUUCUCAAGUUUCUUUCAAAACGAUGUGCCCAUAAAGAGUUUGGUUUUCCCCAAAAAACUAGUUGAAUUUUUGUUUUCCUCUGCCUCUACUGCUUCACAUAAUAUAUACACAUGUACAACAGUGAUUGUAAAUACUUGUAUAUUGAGUUUUUAAUAUGGAGAUUGUUUUACCUCAAAUAUAUUUUCAUGUUAGUUUUAGAUUUAUAUGGUAUUUAGACCUCAUGAUGAAUGUGAAUACCAGCAAAUAUUGUAUGUAUUGUUGUAUUCUUAUUUCUUACUAUUUUCAUGUGUUUAAACAUUGUAAAAAGAAACAAAGUUA